CGCACGGCAACCAUAUGAACAUUCGAUAUUCAUGAAGCCUUUCAAUUUAACAUACGUCCGCUACCCACCCGACGACGUAGUGGGCUCACUCAUGGCAGUCGCAUCGCUCGUUCCGAUUGCCGGUAUACUUGCCACCUCCGGCGUUUUUUUCGCAAGACGGGAGCUGUGGGACAUUCUAACGCUUGCAGGCACGCUCUUCUGUGAAGUCGUUGCUCAAAUAUUAAAGUGGUGGGCAAAGGACCCACGUCCAAGCUCGUGUGCUGUGGUAGAUUUUUGUGGCACGUACGGCAUGCCAUCCAGUCACGCACAACUAGCUGCGUUUUCCGCAACGAUAAACUCACUUCACCUUUACCGUAGACUCCGAGGCUGUAGACUGAGGGGGGAUGAGACCUCAAUAACGACACUGCACUUACAAAGGCUGGAUCCUCUCGUCAUUGCUUCAGUUUCAUCGUCGUGGCCCGUUGCCUUUGUGGUUGCUGUGAGUAGAGUCCAUUUAGGAUACCACUCGUUUGAGCAGGUAUGCGUUGGGUUUGCUAUAGGAUUUGGACUGGGCAUUGUUUGGCACGCUGCGAGCUGUGUUAUUGCAGCAGCAGCCAAGGAGGGGUUGGAGUGCAGAGUGGUGUCCAACAAAAACUUUUGCAGUGUACUGUGGACAAAAGCAGUGGAGUUCCUGAACCUCAGAGAUUCGUCGCUUGUCUCCAAUCCAUUAGAAUUUCAGCGACAGUUGUUCGUGCAGUAUGCAGAGAGACGAGUUGUGGUAGAGUGAGCUUAUUAGGCUUUUGGAAACGACCAGCCAAACUGCGAAGGUCGUUCUGUAUGAGCAAAUAGCUUGAAGUCAUGGACGACACCGCUUUCUUCGCCGAGGAGGCCGCACAAGUUGCCGCAACUUCUCGCUUAGGUGUUCCUCGCGAUAGGGGAAGGCCGAAGAAGAAGUCCUGCAAAAGUGAAAGAGGAAACGACCACGACUUAUGGUGUUCGGGCUGUAGAAACAACAGAGUGUGCCGACUCUUUGCUACAAACAACGUAUUGGUCGCGCCCAUACUUUCAAACGAUGGCUCAUCAUCAUCAGCGCCUCCGCCGGCCCGGCCUUUAUCAUCGACGGAAGAAGAGCCGGGCGCGCUCUCGGCGUCGAGGUUGCUAAAGAUACGUGUACGGGAGGGACUACACGGUGGGCAGCAGUGAAACGUACUCGAAGUAAAAGUUUCAGUGAUAUUUAUAGUCCAGGUGGAAAGCUUAUACGUGACCAGAGCAAGACAGCCGCAAAAGUGCGCGCGCGACGCCGAGUAGAUGCGAAUCAGAGAGCGCUCGAUGAAACAAACGCCUAUCGCGCUGCUUCCUGUCACAGUCGGUAAUAACUUAAAAGUUGCUCUUAGGUAGUCCUCCACAUAAUUCGCAAAAAAACGUACAGUACUCGUGAGU